AUGCCUCUCGACGAAGAAGGUGCGAAGUGGUCUUGCGAACCAUGCAUUCGCGGCCACCGAUCUUCAAAAUGUCAACACUUCGAUAGACUGAUGAUGAAAGUACCCAAGGCUGGACGCCCCCUAGCCAAAUGUCCCCAUCCAAAGGGGACUUGCAGUUGCCAGAAGACAUUCGCCUUCAUGGUCCGAAUCCCAAAAGGCUCGACAUGUUUAUGCCGACCGCUAUACAAAGUCCCUGCCAGUACAGAUGAUUCAUCCCAGUCUACUCCAGCGCCUGUACCCUCGGCCUCAUCAUCUGCCUCGGCCAAAGUUCAGAAAUCGGGAAGACGACAGAGCCAUCUUCAAGCCGCACCAGGAAACCUUGCGAAGGCGCUGGAAUCUGUGCCCGACAAUCUCAAACUUGAGGAUGGUGUGGCCAAUAAUGCGGCAACCGCUCCUCAUCACUCCGAACAGAAUGGCUCUCUCUCGGGUAUAAACUCGUCCAACGGCUUCCCACCUGCACCCGUAUCUGACGGAGAUACCCCGAAUGGAUCUGGCUGUUGCUCCAAGAAACCCCAGGUCCCACCGGUGGCUUCUAACAGCGGAGGUUCUUGCUGUUCUGGAAAGUCUAAUGCGCCAUCAGCGUCCAAUACUCUCUUCACUGGGAACGGGUACAAGACGAGCCCGCCUCCUGACUGGAACGACAUGUCAUUUAUGAAUUUCGCUACGCCCCAGAUACCCGCUUGGCAAAAUCCGAUGCCCUCUACCCAGACCCAAUUCAUGCAAUCUUUGGGGAUGCAUAGCGCUCAGUCCCAGCCACUCUACAUGAACGGUUAUGCUCCUCAUGUUACUUCAGCACCAUCGUACUCGAACACGAUGAGUGGGCUUGGGACAACACAAACGGCCGUAGCUCAAUUCGCUGCGAAUCACCCCCAGAAGUCCGCCUACACCCAUUCUCAUACCCAUCAUGAUGCGGAAUCUUGUCAUGACUGCAAAUGCGGAGACGAUUGUCAAUGCCUAGGCUGCGCGGCCCAUCCAUUCAACAACACCACUCGCCAGCAUGUCCAGGAGAUGGGCGUCAUGAUGACCUUUGAUGGUGAUGAGCAUACACCUGAAACCAUCACCAACGCCUACCAGCCCUCUCCCUUCCAUAGCACUACUCCAUCGACUCCGAUGAACUUUGGCUUCAUGCAGCACAAUCCCCCCAUGGAAAACACUGGUCAGCAGAACAACUUUGACCCAUACUCAGACCCCAACUCCACCAUGUCUUCUGGAUACUCCUCUCCUCUCCGCGCCAGCCACAACUUGAACCAGCAGUUGAUGCAUCCAUCUGAAUACUACACUUUGGAGUACCCGGUGGGAAUUCCCUCAGCUUGUUCGGAUGUGACUGGUAGCUGUCAAUGUGGCAACGACUGCAGUUGCGUCGGUUGCCUUACACACAGCGGCCAUAAUGGCGUGCCUCUCGAUGCACCUAUUCCAGAACCCUCUAUUGCUACCACGACAGAACAGCACUCUUCAUCACAUCGCCAUACCCCGGUGACAUCUGUCAGCCAUAACUCGCAUAUCACUGUGCUGGACAAUGUCUCUGUGCCGUGUCUGAGCCCACGCACACUUGAGACAUCGAUGAUAUGA